AUGCAGCACAUGGCUGGGGGAGGCCCCAUGAUACCCCAGCAGAUGCGAAAGCCCCCUCCUGCGAAUCAGUUGCAGCAGAUCGUGUACCAGAACAUUCAACAAAACACGGCACCGAUGAACGGCAUGUCCUGGCAGUCGAGCUUUCCUGUCAACGAGCGAAUGGGCAAGGCUUUAGACCUGAUUACCAACAUCGCCCUUAGCAUGGGUGGUUUCGACUACAGCCGAGCAACAGAGUUUGGAUGCCAGUAUGAGCGAGAGGCGUUCCACAAAUCAAUCACAAAGGAGGCCUACGAACAAGCCAUGGCGAGCAAGAUUUUGGACUUUUUCAAGAGGCGACAGGCAAACGAGCCUAAUUUGCAAAACAGCAUCAAUGCCAACGCCCAGGCCCAGGCUCAUGCCCACGCACAAGCACAACAAGCGGCACAGGCACAGGCUCAGGCCAUGAUGUUUCAGGCCCAGUUGGGACGCAAUGGACAGACGCCUCAGCAGGGAUUCCAGCAGAUGCAGCAUCCGAUGCAGACUCCCCAGAUGUCUCAGCAACAGCCUCAGCAACCUCAGCAGCCGCUGUUUCAACAGCAGCAGCAGCCGCAGAUGCCCAUGGGGGGCAUGCCUAAUCAGGCCGGCCGAGGCAUGGGGCCCAACCAGGCCAUGGGCAUGCCAGGCGGCCCCAGGGGGCCCAUGCUCUCCGUUGAGAUGGCGAGGCUGAACCCUGCUGAUAGGACCAAGGUCAAUGAGCUUGCCACCAAGUUGAUGAACCAAGCUACAGAGCAACAGAGAAACAGCACACGGCUACACUUGCAGUCGAGGCUCAGCGCCCAGCAGCUUGCCGAAUUUCAGACACAGGCCAAGGACCCUCUCCUCUGGUGGUACCAGCAUCAGGCCUUCCAGGCUCUCAAGCAGUCCUCGCUCAACAACCGCUUCCAGCAAGGCAAUGCCGCCAAUCAGAACAACCCGCAAGCUGCGAUGAUGCAGCAGCAGCUCAGCCAGCAAUCCCUUCAGCAACAGAGGCAAGGCAUGCUGAGCGAUCAGCAGUCCUCCGCGGCCCAUGAUUUUUCCCAGUUCAACCCCAGCAUGGAAAGCAUCAAGGAUCAGCAGCUGAAUGGCCUGAGAGCUCAGCAAGCGGGCCAGGUCGUCGUGCCGCAAAGCAAUAGCGCCGGAAGAGGCGCAGUCGCCUCUCACCCUGGGAACCAGAACAUGUCCAACCAGCAGAUGCAGAACCAGGCGUCCCUCAACUCCCAACAGCAGCAACAGCAGCAACAGCAGCAGGCCAAGCUGAACCAGGCCGCCCAGCAGUCCCAAGCUUUGCAGGCGCAGGCGCAAAUGAAGCUGCAGAACCAGCAACAGAUGGCGGCAAGCAUGCCCACAUCGCAAAGCCCAGGCAUGAACACCCUCAACACGCCCGUGUCAAGAGCUAGCGGGAUGAACCCCAUGGGGCCCCAGACCAUGGGGCCCCAGAGCAUAAGCUCGGCAGGCAUCCAGUUUGGCGACCAGCGAUUUCAUCAGGGAAUUCAAAGGCCCAACAACCCCGCUUUCAACGCCAUGCUUGCUAACAUGACGCCGGAACAAAGACAAGCCAUCAAUGGCCUUGCCCCCGACAAGCUGCAAGACAUUGUGCGUCGCUGGCAGACCCAGCGGCAGGAGAUGGCGUCGAUGAAUGGGAACCCGAUGAUGCAGGCGCAAAUGGCCAACCGACCUCAGAACCAGUUUGGCCCAAUGGGACCCAACAUGGCCGCCCCGGGUCCUCAAGCCAUGCCGCAACCGAAUGCCGCUGGCCCAGGGAACCAGCAACAGCCAAUGACACAGGCCCGUAUGCCUGCCACUAACCCACAGGUCGCGUACGUGAUGGACUCGAUGGAUCUGCCUCCCAAUGUUCUGAACCAGAUCCAGGGCUUGCCCGUGGAGGUAAAGAAAUGGAGAGACUUGAAGGCUUGGAUCGCCUCCAACGGCGGCAACCUUCAACCCAACAUGCGCAGCCAACUGGCUGCCAUCCAGCAGAGGCAGUUUCAGAUCGCAAUGUCGAGGCGGAAUGGCAAUGUGCCUCAGCAGCCUGGACAGGGUGUCAACAUGAAUCCAACCGUGCCCAUGCAGAUGACUCCGAAUCAGCAACCAGGGAUGCAACGACCGAUGCCCAAUAUACCCCCGCAGCUGCUUCAGGUAUCGGCUCAGGAGAUGAUGCACGUUCGCAGUCAGAAACCGGGACUGGUCAGCGUCCCCGAUGAGCAGCUCCGACAGAUGAUCCUCCAGAUGAAGAGGACCAGCUGGCAGCAGCAGCAACACCAGUUGCGCAAUCAACAAGCUCAAGCCCAGGCCCAAGUCCAGGCUCAGACUCAGGCAAACCAGCAACAACCGGCUCCUAACCACAUGACUAUGCCGCAGGGUCCCAUUCAGAUUCAGCAAUCCCAACCCAUCCUCACUGCUCACCAGACACAGCCGCAGCCGGUACCAAACGCCAUGAGCCAGACUGCGCCCAUGCAGACGAACAAUCAGAAGCAGCAGCAGCAGCAGCAGCAACAGCCGCCGCCACCGCCGCAGAACGCAACGCCGAACCUGAAUCGCAACAACCAGCCCCCGCCGGCCAAGAACCUGAAGCGUCCCAACCCAGACGAUGCUGCUGAUACCGCCAGCACGAAGGCCCCUACGCCCGUCUCUCGACCGGCAGCGGCAGCGCCUCAGACUGCUCAGCAACAAAUGCAGAGAAUGGCCUCGAUGACUAGCCAAUUCGCGCCACAGCAUGAUGCAAACAUGAAUGCGAGGUUCGGGCCACUCAUGAAGAACCACGCCACGGCGACGCCACCGACGACCACAUCUACGCCGGCCACGGGAGCUGCAGCGGGAGCUGCGCCACCAGCGGUGCCAACAGCUGUCAAUGAAACCCUGCUUCGUCUCAAGAUGAUUGGAGUGGAGGAACAAAAGCAGUUCAAUCAGGAGACGAUGGCGGACAUCCAAAUGAGUCCGGAAGAAUAUGCAGAGACUGCCGGCAAGCUGAAGCGAAUCGUCUCAGACAUGAGCAAGGUUGGUCGUGGGCUCAGCAAAUGGUACGCCAUCACUCAAGAUGAUGCACGUGCCAGGAUGUUCUUCAGAACUCGUCUGCGUAUCAUCAAGCAACACGUCGAUGGUGAGACCAUGAAGGUUAUGAAGGAUGUCUUUAGCAUCCGAUCCUCCGACCUGGACCAAGCUCGCGCUAUGCUCGAGAGCAUGGCCAAGGAUCUGGCAGCCAGCGUAAUAGGACGGCAGAUGAUGAAGCCCGGUGCGCAGGGUCAGGGUCAGCAGCCGGGUCUUGCGCAAGUAAAGCAACUGUCUCUGCAACAGCAAAACCAGCAGCAGCAGCAGCUUGCUUUACAAGCCCAGCAGCAGGCUCAGCAGAAGGCUCAGCCACCGCACCCGGCCCCCUUGAACGCAGCCAAUCUCGAAAAGAACGCCCAGGCGUUGAAUAAGAUUAGCCAGCAGAAGCAAGCGGGCAAGGCAGGUCAGGGUCCCCCUCCUGCGCCGACCACGACCCAGCCGCCCUUCCCAUUCGGCGCAACCUCGCCCCAUGGCAACCCAAGCUACAUGAGCAAGCCGAAAGACCUGAACCUGCAGCUGCCGCCUGCCCGCAAGAAGCAAAAGACCACCGGCGGACAGCUUUCCGGUCCGCCAUCCCAGGGAGCUACCCCCUCGCCUCAGAUUGCGAAGAAUGCCUCUCCAAACGUCGCACGCGCUCCGGCCCCGAAACCCGUCUUUUCUUGCACGGAGCCCAACUGCGACAUGUCGUACGUUGGCUUUCCUACCGAGCAAGCUCUCCAGCAACACGUGCAGCAGGAGCACAUCAAGCCCAAGGAGGAUCCGGUGAGGUACUUGAAGGAGAACCUUGCACUGGCGUUGGGCUUGGAGGCGGACGGCAGCCCCAAGAAGGAGCAGAAGCCUGCGGAUGGCUCCCAGGCCAUGAGUGCCUCCGCAUCCAAGCAGGGCCAGGCUCCUGGAAACAUUGCCCUUACUCCCAUGUCCCAGGAUGGCACAGCCAUGAAGAGGUCGGCCAGCGCGCUGAGCAAAGGCUUAGACGCCAAAGCUGGUGCCAAGCCGGAUGCAGCUGCAAAGCCCGGCGAUGGCAAGCAGGCCAAGGACACUGCGAAGCCGGAUCCAUGGGCCAACGGGACCAUUGAUACCCAUGUUCUGCUCCAGAACCUCGGCUUUGAGGACGGGCUGCCGACCGUCGCCAAUGAGGGAAAGAAGUUCCUCAAGAUGUUUACGCCCAAGAGCACUCCGGACUCGUUGAAGGACGGCCUCAGCAGUGAACCUAACAGCGACAUUUCUGAGAAUGCUGCCCUCGACAUUGAGAUGUACUGGCAGAGCCUGGACCGGGACUACCUCGCAGAGUUCCACGAUCUCAACAUGGACGGGAAGCUAUCCGACGACGCGCUGGCCGCUCUGCAGCCUGCUCUCCAGAUCAGACGGCCCCCGCCUCUCGCGGGCUUGGAUCUCAACCCGACCGACUUCUCCAAGCCGUUUGAAAUGGACACCAGUCUCUUUCACCUCGGGUGGUGA